GCCCAUGUGAGUGACCUCGUGGCGCCUUAUGUCGUAGAAAAAUGUCUUGCUUCCCUGUCUCGCAAACACGUCGCCGUCCUGUUUCAGAAUCGAGUUGACUCUGUUCCAUUGCCAACCAGCCAGUCCGUUCCUCGCCGCCCAUGCCGAUGCAACCACCGACCGUGACACGCGCCCUCACCAUAAGUACCGACCACAGGCCCGCCAUUCCAGUUCUCAGCUGCUUCCCACUCGAUUUGCCUCGAUAACCGGGUAACACUGGAUUCGACCAUUUCCGACCAUCAGCAAGGGGACAAUGGCCGGCAGCAGGGCGAUUCCGAAUCAUGCUGAUCUCCAGCCGUUCAACCAUGCCGUGGCAGGGCAUGAGGGGACGCUCUCUGACGCCGACGGCGUGCUCUUCAUCAAACCCUGUGUGCAGCAGGAGAUCGACUUCUACGAGAAGGCCUUCAGUGAGCAUCCUGAUUUUGCGGCGCUGAUGCCGGCUUAUAUCGGGACCCUUGCGCUCAACGACGCGACCGACGUCAACUCGCUGAACGAGCAGCUCCCCGCCGUGGCCGACUACAUGAGCCAGGAGUUGAAGGAAGAGGCGGUGCUCAUGGCGAAGACAGGCGCGACCAAGGCCGCAGCAGAAGCCGCCGAUGCACAAGAUGGGAUCCAAUGGAGGCCGAAUAAGAACCGGAGGAUCGCGACGAACACGUCGGUGGUGCUGGAAAACAGCACGCACGGCUUCAAGAAACCCAACAUCCUCGACGCCAAGCUCGGCCGGCGGCUGUGGGCCGACGACGCGCCCUUGGAGAAGCGCCAGCGGUUCGACGAGAUCAGCAAGUCGACCACGAAUGGCUCGCACGGCUUCCGCAUCGCCGGCAUGCGCGUGUACAAGGGCUCCGACAACCCGGCGGAGCUCAAUGCGGAUGGCUACAAGGUCUACGACAAGGACUACGGCAGGCUGCAGGUCACCAAGGACAACGUUGAGCGUGAGAUCGCAAAGUUCAUCUUCAACGAGCGCGCCGGCAUCGACGAGGAUCUGGGAAAGGCGAUUGCCCAGGCUUUUCUUGAGGACCUCCGACGGGUCGAGGAGGUUCUGGCCAGCUCGGAAACACGCAUGUACUCGUCGAGCUUGCUCUUUACCUUCGAGGGCGACGGCGAAGCACUGCGGGCCGCCAUUGAGAAGAACAAUGCCAUCGCGUCGGAGAUCGAACGGGGCGAUGCGCAAGUUGACGAGAUUGGCCUCGCACAAGAGAAAGUGGCGACUAUCGACUCGCAGGUGAUCUCUGGGCGCAUCGAAGGGGACCUCAAGGUGGUCGAGCUUAUGGGGGAUGUCGCGGCGGACGGGGAAGAGGAGGAUGACGACGAGGAGUCGAACCUGCCGCGCAUCUACUCCCUCAAGCUCAUCGACUUUGCCCACGCCGAGUGGGUUCCCGGACAAGGCCCCGACGAGAACAGCCUGCUCGGCGUCCGGAGCCUCAUCAAGAUCUUCGAGGAGCUGGCUAAGUAGGAUGGAGAUUGGAGAUGAGGGUUUAUCUUCCUUUUCCGUGUCUUCCCGAGCGAUGGUGUUGGGGCUUGGCUUCUCGCAUAGCGACUGAGACGAGGGCUUUCAUGAUUCAUGAUCUGAACGGGCGCUACGAAGACAGAGAACACCUACGGUCUGCAUGUCUUGGAUUUUUGGCUUAUAGUCUGCUGCAAGAAUACCCCUGGUUUCCAUUGCAUUUUCCUUUGAAUAGAUGCUAGAUGUCUGCAUUUAGAUUUUGCUGGAGUUCGGAAUCGCUACGAGGGCAUCGUGAUUGUCCAUUUGGGCAGCUGCUCAUGAACUACCCAAAGAAUUUGAUGUUUGGAUUGUUUGUGAGGUGACCUGGCCAGUGAUUUCGAGACCGAUUCCGCGUCGUC